UUAGCUCAUAAUGCGCCUCGUUAAUAAAAGCUUUAUGUAUCAUGAAUGCUUUCUGUAUAAAAAAGCAUGAUCUUGGUUCAUUCCAUUGCCUCUCAUUCCUCAAAAAAACUAGCCCUUCGUCUCAACUAUCAGUCUUUGUUAAGUUCGUACUACCUCCCUCAAAAGUAUAUUCUUCAAAGCACUGGGUACAACAGACUCACCAGCGAACAUUAUUACACACACAGCCACCUUUAGUCAGUAAGCUACAAACACGGGUCAUCUCCUUAGCCCAAGCCAAAAUGACAUUCUCAGACAGUGUAUCCGCAGGCAACCCUCAGGCUGCUGGCACUAUCUAUGUCCAAGGCGUUCCAACGCAGGAGACCCGGUUGACCCUCGGAGGAUCGCUAAGCGUCUCCCCUAUGGCUAUCGGCACUUGGUCCUGGGGAGAUUCAAAGUGGGGAUAUACGCCCGAGAUGUUCAAGGAUAUUGCAGCCACUUGGGAUACCUUGCAAGAUACUGAGGUUGGCAUCAAUUUUUUUGACACGGCCGAGAUUUAUGGCAAAGGAGAGUCUGAGAGGAUUAUCGGCAAAUUUUUGAAGAAAUCGAAGGAAGAAGGAAAGAUCCUGCCGGUGAUCGCCACAAAAUUCGUCCCUCUUCCUUGGAGAUUAAGAUUUCCAAGCUCGCUUCUGACCUCUCUUAAAGCGUCAAUGGAGCGCCUUGGUGUUGAUGUGGUUGACUUGUAUCAAAUCCAUGGACCAAUUUCUUUGAGAAGCAUUGAGGUUAUUGCCGAUUCGCUUGCUGAAGCUGUUAAACUUGGAAUAGUAAAAAGUGUAGGUGUUUCCAACUAUUCAAUUUCUGAACUGACCCGUAUGCAUGCUGCUCUUGCUAAGCAUGGCAUCCAGUUAGCUUCGAAUCAAGUUGAAUUCUCGCUAUUAAGGAGAUAUCCGGAGACCUCAGGAUUGAUCGCCAAGUGCCACGAACUUGGAGUAGCCGUUAUGUCCUAUUCACCUUUGGGAAUGGGUCGUUUGACCGGAAAAUACAAUGCUGAGAAUCCUCCUCCCUCUGGUCGCUAUUUCUCUGAUUACCCUAUGGAAGAGCUGGCUCCUUUACUCUCUGUAAUGGAAAGCAUUGCCAAAAAGCAUAACAAACCCAUGAGUGCUGUUGCUCUCAACUACAAUAUCUGUAAAGGUACAAUUCCUCUAGCAGGAGCAAGGAACCCUCAACAGGCUCGCCAGAAUGCCCAGGCUCUUGGUUGGAGGCUCUCCGAAGAAGAAAUUGCGGAGCUUGACGGUGUCGCUCGCAUCGGCAGGACCACACUUUUCUGGCAGCACGGAUAGGCUCAGUCAGGGUUGUCAAUACUAGUGAAUGAACUUAGUUAACUUUUGAUAAUAGGAGUACAGCACAAUCUUGGCUGAAUUACAUCAUUGAAAUCCAGCAAGAAGCGCUUACUCGCUUUAUUUUGCACUCAGGCUGAAAUUAAUAAAACAGUUGCGAGAACC